AUGGCCGAGAGGAUUGCCAGAGACGCCAACGAGGCGUUUUCGGAGCUAAAAACGUUAUCCAACGAACAGAGAUCACAGGCUUUAGUGGCUAUUCAUGAUGGCCUUAAAACCCAUAAGGAAGCCAUCUUGGCUGCUAAUAAGAUUGAUAUGGAAAAUGCCGUUGAAAAUAACUUAUCGUCUGCUUUGGUCAAGAGAUUGGACCUAAGCGCUGGUGAUAAGUUUGAUGCCAUGUUGCAAGGGAUCUUGGAUGUUGCCGAGUUACCAGAUCCAGUGGGUAAAAUCACCUUGGCUAGAAAGAUAGAUGAAGGCUUAAACUUGUAUAGGAUAACUGCUCCAUUGGGUGUGCUUUUGAUUAUUUUUGAAAGUAGGCCAGAAGUCAUUGCCAACAUCACUGCCUUAGCCAUCAAAUCAGGUAACUCUGCCAUUUUGAAGGGUGGUAAGGAAAGUUACCAAACUUUUAAAGCCAUGAGUGACAUUGUGAACUCUACUUUACAAACAGAGACCCAAGUUCCAGCGGCGGCUAUUCUGUUGGUUCAAUCAAGGGAAGACGUGAGUAACUUGUUGUCUCAAGAUAAAUACAUUGACUUGGUUAUUCCAAGAGGGUCGAAUGCCUUGGUAAGAAAUAUUAAAGAUAAUACAAAGAUUCCUGUGUUGGGCCAUGCUGAUGGGAUUUGUCAUGCUUAUGUUGAUGUUUCCGCUGACGUUCUGAAGGCAAACAGAAUUCUUGUCGACUCCAAAACAAAUUAUUGUGCUGGGUGCAAUGCAAUUGAAACAUUGUUGAUCAACAAAGAUGUCCCUGGUGAUUCCAUUACUGAAAUCUUGAAGUCCUUAACCGAUGCUAAGGUCAAGUUACAUGUUACUUUGGAUUUAAGACAAUACACAACCACCUUGCCUCAAGAUUUGGUGGUUGAUGCCCAAGAUGCCGAUUUUGGCCAUGAAUAUUUAUCCUUUGACAUUGCUGUCAAAUUGGUGGACUCUGUUGAUGCAGCCAUUAAGCAUAUCAACGAACACUCUUCAAAACACACCGAAACUAUCAUAACAGAAGACAAAGAGUCAGCAGAAAGGUUCUUAAAGGGUAUAGACUCUGCUGGAGUUUAUUGGAAUUGCUCAACUCGUUUUGCAGAUGGUUUCCGAUACGGUUUCGGUACAGAAGUAGGUAUCAGUACCAACAAGAUUCAUGCUCGUGGUCCUGUGGGCUUAGAGGGUUUGAUGAGUUAUCAAUAUCAGUUGAGAGGAAAUGGUCAUAUUGCAUCAGAGUAUUUGGGUGCUGGAGGAUCCAAGACAUUUGUGCAUGAAGACUUGGACAUUAAUAAAGUAGAUCUUUAG